AUCUAAGUAGAACAAAGUCGUUCGAUCAAGUAGUUAAGUACAGGUUCUAUGGGGUCCAACACUAGGUGUAACAUUACAACAUUAGUAGAGUUACACCUUUACAUAGAUCGAGGGAACUGUUUUUAGACCGUAGCAGGGUUUAUCUUAUUGUUCAGAAUGAGUUGGCAUAGGUUUUGUCUCUGAGAGAAGACUAGAGUCAAGUCUUCUACGUAUAGAGAUAGAUAUUAUCUUCUUGCUGUUUAGAGUCCUCAACCACUUGUGGUUUGAUCUUCUUCCCAUUUCUUUUCAAAACCUUAUUCUUUCUUAAUUUGACCCCUUGAAGAAGAAGAAGAAGAAGAAGAAGAAGAAGAAGAAGAAGAAGAAGAAGAAGAAGAAGAAGAAGAAGAAGAAGAAGAAGAAGAAGAAGAAGAAGAAAGCUUAAUUAGCUUGCAUGGUGGUGGUUAAUUCCUUAAUUUGAACAAUAUAUAUAUAUAAUGGUCCAAACAAGAAGAAUCCAACUGAUCUCUUGGUUGCUUAUUUUUAUGCAAGUUUUGGGGCUGGAUGCACUGACCAAUUCUGGUGACUAUGGCGUUCUGGAGUCACUUAGGGAAGAAUGGGAGAACGUACCUCCAAAUUGGAGUGGUACAGAUCCUUGUGGGGAUCCAUGGGAUGGCAUCGAGUGCAACAAUUCACGUGUUGUUACUAUAAAAUUAUCAAGCAUGAAUCUGAAAGGGGAGCUAUCUGGAGACAUCGAGGCCUUGUCUGAAUUGCAGAUACUGGAUCUAUCAUACAACAAAGACUUGACAGGUUCACUCCCUCAAUCAAUCGGAAGUUUGAAGAGUUUAUCAAUUCUGAUCCUUGUAGGUUGUAGAUUUUCUGGACUGAUACCGGACACAGUUGGAUCCCUUAGUCAGCUGGUUUUUCUAUCUUUGAAUCUUAACAACUUUGUUGGACCAAUACCAGCUUCUAUUGGUAAUUUAUCAAAGCUAUAUUGGCUGGACUUAGCUGAUAAUAGGCUGAGUGGACCUCUUCCAGUCUCCCAUGGAAGCACACCUGGUCUGGACAUGCUUGUUCAUACAAAGCAUUUUCACCUGGGGAGAAAUCAGCUCUCAGGUGAGAUUCCAGCUCAGCUAUUCAGCUCAAAUAUGACUCUCAAACAUUUGCUGCUUGAGAAUAACCAGCUUACUGGAAAAAUUCCCCCUACAUUAGGACUUGUGAAGACUCUGGAGGUGGUUCGUCUUGACAGGAAUUCAUUAGAUGGAUCGAUUCCAUCAACCCUCAAUAAUCUCAUGCGUAUGAGUGCACUCUUCUUAUCAAACAAUGAAUUCACUGGCCCCUUGCCUGAUCUCACUGGCAUGAAUGCCCUCAACUACUUAGAUAUGAGCAAUAAUACAUUUAGCUCAGCUGAUUUUCCACUGUGGUUUUCAAGCUUGCAGUCAUUGACGACUCUGGUAAUGGAAAACACUCAACUUGAAGGAGAAAUUCCAGCAACACUCUUCAACCUCUUUCAGUUGCAGACAGUCAUCUUGAGGGGAAACAAAAUCAAUGGAACCUUGGAUAUUGCGUCCAACUAUGGAAGCCAAUUAAAAUUGAUUGAUUUGCAGAACAAUUACAUCGAUUCAUUUACAGAAAGACCUGGAUAUCGUUUUCAAUUAAUACUUAUGCACAAUCCAGUUUGUCAAGAAGGAGGAUCAGAAAACUAUUGUGGCAACCCCCAAGAGAACUUUGGAUAUUCAACCCUACAAGAUAAUUGCUUCAGAACUCAAUGCAGUUCUGAUCAAAUUCCUAGCCCUACCUGUAAAUGUGCCUAUCCGUACACUGGCGACCUAUAUUUCAGAGCUCCUUCCUUUUCUGAUUUGACAAACACAAGUAUUUAUGUGUCACUUCAACAGUCUAUGAUAUCUUCUUUUAGCCAACAUCAGGUGCUAGUAGAUUCAGUUUCCUUGAGUAAUCCGAAAAAGAAUUCAGAUGACUACCUUGUAUUACACCUGCAAGUUUUUCCAUUUGGCCAAGAUCGUUUCAACCGUACAGGGAUUACCACAAUCGGAUUUGAACUUAGCAAUCAGACUUUCAAACCCCCACCAAAUUUUGGACCAUUCUUUUUCAUUGGUGAAAGCUACAACCACUUUGAAGCUGAGAGUCUAUCGGAAACAGCUUCUCUGCCCGUCCAGGAUAGGGUUGGAUCAAGAGGAUCUCACAAGUCAAUUGCUAAAGUAAUUAUCAUUGGAGCAGCUGCUGGUGGUGUUAUCCUUUUAGUUUUAUCACUUAUUAUAGGAGUUUAUGCUUGCCAAAAGAAAAGAGCUACAGAAACUGCUAGAAAGAGUGAUCCUUUUGCUACAUGGGAUUCAAAUAAAGACAGCGGUGCUGUUCCGCAGUUAAAAGGUGUAAAAUCUUUCUCAUUUGAGGAGCUGAAAAAAUACACCAAUAAUUUUUCAGAAAUCAAUUACAUCGGAUCUGGUAGUUAUGGAAAGGUAUACAGAGGCACACUUCCAGAUAGACAACUUAUUGCAAUUAAAAGAGCAGAGCAAGGAUCUAAGCAGGGUGCCCUUGAGUUUAAAACUGAGAUUGAGAUUCUCUCUAGGUUUCAUCACAAAAAUGUUGUCAGCCUUUUAGGCUUUUGUUUCGGGCAAGGUGAACAGAUGCUGGUCUAUGAAUAUAUACCAAAUGGCUCCUUGAAAGAAAGUCUUUCAGGAAAGUCUGGGAUUAAGUUAGAUUGGAAGAGGAGACUUCGGAUAGCUCUUGGAGCAGCCAGAGGAUUGCAAUAUCUUCAUGAUCAUGUUUACCCUCCUAUCAUCCACCGAGAUAUCAAAUCAAAUAACAUCUUGCUGGACGAGCACUUGAAUGCCAAAGUUGCUGAUUUUGGUCUCUCCAAGUCAAUGAGUGAACCAGAAAAGGGUUACGUCUCCACUCAGGUUAAAGGAACAAUGGGCUACAUGGAUCCAGAGUAUUACACAUCACAACAAUUGACUGAGAAGAGUGAUGUCUAUAGCUUCGGAGUUGUGCUACUAGAGCUUAUAACAGCAAGGAGUCCUAUUGUGAGAGGAAAAUAUAUUGUGAAGGAAGUGAAGCAAGCAAUAGAUAAGUCUAAAGACAUGUACAACAUUGAUGGUUUCGUUGAUCCCACUAUCCCCUCAAGCAUGACACCUAUAAGCUUCAGAAAGUUUGUAGAUCUAGCUUUAAGGUGCGUCGAAGAAGCAGGAGUUCAUAGGCCAACAAUGUAUGAGGUCGUGAAAGAGAUUGAGAAUAUCAUGGAAAUGGAUGGAAUGAACACUUAUGCUGAAUCUGGAUCAACUUCUGCCAGCUGUGAAGGAACUAGCAUAGCCUGUGGCCAUCCUUACAGUGAAGAAAGUCUAGUUAGCUACAGCGGGGGCACCAAUUCGCAGUAAGUGUACAAAUCUUACUCCUGGAGCCAACAGCUUUUAAUUAAUGUGCUUCGGCAUUGAGCUACAUGUACAUGCCAGAGAAAUGGGAAGUGAUAUGUACAUACAAAUCGUGUCCUUGUGUACAUUAUAUUCUCUGUUGGUGUUUUUGCAUAGUAGAGUAGUAAGAGCAGUGAGUGAACAGCCUUAUACUAGAACUGAUCCAAAAGUUGAAGUAUGUUUCUGAAUUCAUAUCAAUCUUGUAUUUCCUGUCUGACAUUAUAUGCUUAAUUGUUUGGAAAUAUUAAUUUCCUUGCAUGUUAGCCUU